CCUUCCACUUCAUUUCUUGAACAACUUUUUCUCUUUUUACACUCUCUUUCUCUUCUAAUCCUACCUAGCUUUGACCAAUUUACACACACAUAUAAAACCCCAUAAUCGUACUUUGCUUCAUAAUCCAAAACCAGAAGAACUCAAUCCCACAACCAAAAGAAAAAUAAAAUAGAAUAUAGAAUACACUCACAGAAAAAAGAAAAUGUUAUCUUGGAGAAGAAGAAGAAGAGCAGUUGGCCCUCUAGACGGAAAAAAAAAUUUCAGCAGCAAGUCAGAGACGGAAAUCAAGAUUCCGAUGCAUUUUCUCUGCCCAAUAUCAUUAGACUUGAUGAAAGAUCCAGUGACGUUGUCAACGGGGAUAACUUACGAUAGGGGAAGCAUUGAGAAGUGGAUAGAAUCUGGUCACCGGACUUGUCCGGUAACAAACCAGACUUUAACGAGCUGCGAUCAAAUACCAAACCACUCAAUACGGAAAAUGAUUCAAGAUUGGUGCGUAGAGAAUCGGUCUUACGGUAUUGAACGUAUUCCUACGCCUCGUAUUCCAGUCACCAGGUACGAGGUUUUAGAUAUUUGUAAGACAACUAUGGUGGCGGCACAAAAUGGGGAUUACACCAGGUGUAAGAACUUAGUAGUAAAGAUCAAGAACUGGGGAAAAGAAAGCGAAAAAAAUAAGCUUUGCGUUGCGGAAAAUGGGGUUGGUUAUGUUUUAUCAGUUGCUUUCGAGUUAUUUUCAGUUGAAAUGGAGAAAAAUGCAGAUUUAUUAAAGGAGAUACUGUCGAUAUUGGUAUGGGUGUUUCCAUUAGGUUUAGAAGGUGAAAAGAAGUUAGGAUCGGUAAGUUCUUUGCGUUGCAUGUUAUGGUUAUUAGAGAGUAGUGGAGAUCUUUCUGCUAGACAAAAUGCAGUUUUAGUACUUAAAGAGUUAGUUUCUUCAUCAGAUCAAAAUUAUAUAACCAGAGUAAUAAAGAUAGGAGGAGUAAUUGAAGCUUUAGUUAAGUUAAUAAAAGAGCCUAUUUGCCCUUCUUCAAUUAAAGCUUCAUUAAUGGUUAUUUUUUACAUGUUAUCUCCUUCUUUGAUGAAUGAAAGGAUCAUAUCAACAUUUUUAGAAAUGGGUUUAGUUCCUCUGGUUAUAGAAAUUCUUGUUGAUGGAAAUAAAAGCAUAAGUGAAAAGGCUUUAGGUGUUCUAGACCAUAUUUGUGAGUUUGAAGAAGGAAGAGAAAAGGCUUAUGAGAAUGCCCUAAUUGUUCCUGUUUUGUUUCAGAAGAUUUUAGCAUCAGAAUUGGCAACAAAAUUCUCAGUGUCAAUUAUUUGGAAGUUAUUCAAGAAUGAGAAAAGAGAAGAGGGUGGAGUUGCAGUUGAAGCACUUCAACUUAAAGUGGGUGCUAUUCAAAAGUUACUUAUACUAUUACAAGUUGGCUGUGAUGAAAGUACAAAGGAGAAGGUUAUUGAAUUGUUGAAAUUGUUGAAUUUUUGUAGAGCUAAGUUAGAUUGUAUUGGUUCUUCAAUGGAUUUUAGGUAUCUAAAGAAGUCCUAUUGACCUUUUUUAUUUUUAUUUUGGUAGGUUAGGAAAGUAAUUGUGGAUAUUAAUGUUAUGAUAGAGAGAGACCAUUCAAGAAAAAAAGUUGAUGAUAAAAAUUAUUGAAUUGAUGAUUCAUUGUAUUGUACAAAUUAAUUGUAUUCAUGUAGAGUUUCAUACUUGGAAUAUUUAAUGCUUAUAUCCGUUGUAUUCACUUUCAUUUUCAAACA